UCCGCAGGAAGAAGGAAGCGGCGCCACCUUUGCCUCCUGGCGCACCCUCUCCGCUUCCCAGGUUUCCCGGCCGCCACCAUGUCCGCCUCGGCCGUCUUCAUCCUGGACGUCAAGGGCAAGCCCCUGAUCAGCCGCAACUACAAAGGCGAUGUGGCCAUGAGUGAAAUCGAGUACUUCAUGCCAUUACUCAUGCAGCGGGAGGAGGAGGGGGCCCUGUCCCCACUGCUGAACCACGGCCGAGUCCACUUCCUAUGGAUCAAGCACAGCAACCUGUACUUGGUAGCCACCACGCUGAAGAACUCCAACGCCUCCCUGGUGUACUCCUUCCUCUACAAGACGGUGGAGGUGUUUUCAGAAUACUUCAAGGAGCUGGAGGAAGAGAGCAUCCGAGACAACUUUGUCAUAGUCUAUGAGCUUCUGGAUGAGCUCAUGGACUUCGGCUUCCCCCAGACCACCGACAGCAAGAUCCUGCAGGAGUACAUCACCCAGCAGGGCAACAAGCUGGAGACGGGCAAGUCUCGAGUGCCUCCCACUGUCACCAAUGCGGUGUCCUGGCGCUCAGAGGGCCUCAAAUACAAGAAGAAUGAAGUCUUCAUUGAUGUCAUAGAGUCUGUCAACUUGCUGGUCAAUGCCAAUGGCAGCGUCCUGCUAAGUGAGAUCGUGGGUACCAUCAAACUCAAGGUGUUUCUGUCGGGAAUGCCAGAGCUGAGGCUCGGCCUCAACGACCGCGUGCUCUUUGAACUCACAGGCCUUUCAGGCAGCAAGAACAAAUCUGUGGAGCUGGAGGACGUCAAGUUCCACCAGUGUGUGCGGCUUUCGCGCUUUGACAACGACCGCACCAUCUCCUUCAUCCCACCUGACGGUGACUUUGAGCUCAUGUCCUACCGCCUCAGCACACAGGUCAAGCCGCUGAUCUGGAUCGAGUCCGUCAUUGAGAAGUUUUCUCACAGCCGUGUGGAGAUCAUGGUCAAGGCCAAGGGACAGUUUAAGAAGCAGUCUGUGGCCAACAGUGUGGAAAUCUCUGUGCCUGUCCCCAGCGAUGCUGACUCCCCACGCUUCAAGACCAGUGUGGGCAGCGCCAAGUACGUGCCGGAGAAGAAUGUUGUCAUUUGGAGUAUUAAGUCCUUCCCGGGGGGCAAGGAGUACCUGAUGCGUGCCCACUUUGGCCUUCCCAGCGUGGAGAAGGAGGAAGUGGAGGGCCGGCCCCCUAUCGGGGUUAAGUUUGAGAUCCCCUAUUUCACCGUCUCUGGGAUCCAGGUCCGAUAUAUGAAGAUCAUUGAGAAAAGUGGUUACCAGGCCCUGCCCUGGGUCCGCUACAUCACCCAGAGUGGCGAUUAUCAACUUCGUACCAGUUAG